GGAAGAGACGCUGUGCCGCGCAUGCUCCUUCUUUUCAGCCUCGGCCUGGGACGCUCCAGUCGCAACAAUGUUGAUGCCCAAGAAGAACCGGAUUGCCAUUUAUGAACUCCUUUUUAAGGAGGGGGUGAUGGUGGCCAAGAAGGAUGUCCACAUGCCAAAGCACCCCGAACUGGCAGACAAGAACGUGCCCAACCUUCAUGUCAUGAAGGCCAUGCAGUCUCUCAAGUCACGAGGCUAUGUGAAGGAACAGUUUGCCUGGAGACACUUCUACUGGUACCUUACCAACGAGGGUAUCCAGUAUCUUCGUGAUUACCUCCACUUGCCCCCUGAGAUUGUGCCCGCCACCCUGCGUCGCAGCCGUCCUGAGACUGCCAGGCCACGACCUAAAGGUUUGGAGGGUGAACGACCUGCAAGACUCACCCGAGGGGAGGCCGACAGAGACACGUACAGACGGAGCGCUGUUCCUCCUGGUGCCGACAAGAAAGCCGAGGCUGGUGCUGGGUCAGCAACUGAAUUCCAGUUUAGAGGCGGAUUUGGUCGUGGACGUGGUCAGCCACCUCAGUAAAGUUGGAGGGGAUUGUUUUGUGUUGAAUAAACAUGUAGCCAGAAAACUAA